AUGAAGAGAGCAUUCCUCCUCACGGCCCUCAGCGGCUUAAGCCUCGCUGCGCCCCGACCCCAAGACGAACCCGAACCCGCAGAACCAAGCGAACCCCCGCCAUCCUCCUCAAUCCAAUGCGCUCCCCUCCCCUCGCCCUGGCCCUCCUACCAAGCCUACCCAGCCCAAAGCUCCCUCCCAGACCCCUUCCUCCCUCCCAUCUACAUGACAACAGCCGGCUCCGACGGCGCCUCCGCCGCCGACAUAAUGUCCGGCAAGGGAAAAAACCGCAUUCAAACCCCGCAAGAAUGGUACGAAUGCCAACGGCCGCAACUCCUCUCCAUGCUGCAAGAGUACCAGUUCGGGUACUACCCGGACCACGCAGCCGAGACUGUCACGGCCACGCGCACGGGGAAUAACCUCGCCAUCAGCGUCGCGGCGGGUGGGAAAACGGCCAACUUUGCUGCUAGCGUGCAACUCCCUUCGGGAACGGGCCCGUUCCCUGUUGUUAUAGCCAUAGGCGGCAUGAAGAACCAACCGUACCUCCAGGCGGGGAUAGCUGUCGCAGAGUUCAACUACGUCUCCGUCGCCGCAGACAGUAACGCCAAGUCCGGCGCCUUCUGGCAACUCUACAGCGGCAAGGACAUCGGCGUCCUCACGGCCUGGGCAUGGGGCUUCCACCGCGUCCUCGACGCCAUCAACCAGACCGUCUCCGAGAUCGACCCCACCCGCGUCGGCGUCACGGGCUGCUCAAGGCUAGGAAAGGGAGCCCUCGCCGCCUCCCUCUUCGACGAACGCAUCACCCUCUCCAUGCCCAUGUCCUCAGGCGUCCAAGGUUUCGGCCCUUAUCGCUAUUUCACACUAUCCGGCCAGGGCGAGAACUUGGAUAACUCCAAGGAGGGCGCGGGAUGGUGGAGUAAUAGUCGGCUCGGAGAGUUCGUGGGCCAUCACGAGAAUCUGCCCUUCGAUGCGCAUACUAUCGCUGCUGCUAUUGCGCCGAGGGCCAUUGUUGCUGAUCAGGGCGUGGGCGAUCAGUUUGUUAAUUCGAAAGGGUCGUCGACCGUUAUUUAUCCUGCUGCACAGGUGGUUUAUGAUUUCUUGGGGGCGAGCGAUAAGCUUGCUAUUGCGAUUCGGCAGGGUGGACACUGCGAUAUGAGCGGAUACGACAACGUUCUCCCCUACGUCCGCCACAUCCUCCAAGACGAGCCCCUCACAAGGGACUACCACGAUCUCGGCAGCUAUGGCUCGGCCUUGGCCGAGUCCUUCCCAUGGUCUGCUACGGCUCCCAAGGCCUCCGCCUGA